GGAAGCUGCAGCGGCUCGUGUGUUACACGGUGUCGGUGUACGGCGUUUAUUCGGGGCGGAUCGGGAGAGCUGCCAGUGUGGAAGCAUUUCUGGAACAAGGAGCUCCCUCUGAGGCGCCCUCUGUCAGUCUUGUUGGGGUUCCUGGUCGUAACGAGGCAAACCUGGUCUGGACUGAGGUUCUACCUGAGAGACGACAAGGAUUCAUUACCAACUACACCGUCUACUACCGAACGGGGACUGAAGUCAAAGCUGUAACAGUCCCAGGUAACUCCUCCUCCUGCACGCUGACCUCUCUGUUACCUGACUCCACCUAUGACAUCUGGAUCAAAGCUUCCACCGUCGCAGGCUCCACCUCCGGGUUCAUCCAUUCCUUCACCACGCAGAAAUACGCUCCUGGAGAGAUAGAGGGCAUUGUCGUGGCAGUCAGUUUGGGCUUCCUGUUUGUCUUCCUGAUGACCGUCCUGCUCUGCUUCUACAAGAAAGAUGUGAUCAAGGAGAACUUCUGGCCUCAAAUCCCCGACCCGGGAGAGAGCACCAUUGGGACCUGGUCUCCAGAUUAUCCUCUGAAGGCGGAGCCUCCUAGAGAGAGCUGUUUGUCAGGGGUCAGCGUGCUGGACGUGGACAGGUGUGAGGGGCGGAGCCUGUUUGAAGAAGAGAAGGAGGGACUUCCUCUGAAGAAGGACAAGUUCCUGUCUGAGGAGCACAGCAGCGGCAUCGGAGGCUCUUCCUGCAUGUCGUCUCCUCGUCAGAGCGUCUCUGACAGCGACGAGGGCGGAGACAUGGCCGACACCACCGCCAGCACUGUGCAGUACUCCUCUGUAGUCGCCUCCAAUGGGUACAAAGGUCAGACCCCCACCCAGCCUCCACCCACCCUCUUCUCCCGCUCUGAGUCCACACAGCCCCUGCUAGACUCAGAAGAAAACCUGGACACCACGCUACAGGAGGGCAGCAGACUGUCACAGCGCUGCAGUCAGUCUGCGGGGGGCGAUCAGGACCCCCGUCUGCAGGGGGUGAAGCAAGGGGAGGAGCUUCAGUCUCUGGACUUCUGCCCUCUGCAGGAGGACUCAGAGAACAACUCGCCUUGUGACGACCAAUCAGCUGCUCCCACCUCCAGCUACAUGCCUCAGCUGGGUGGGUACAGGCCUCAGUGAGGGGAAGGGGCCUCAGUGAGCUGCCUUUUAUUCAUGUCACAUGAUCAUUUCAGACUAUAAAGACUGCACCUGUGUGUGUACAUGUAU